AUGGACAAUGAACUUACUGAGAGCCAAAAACCACCGGACUCAACGAGGAAAGAAGCACUGAGUAGCACAGACUCCACAUUCGGCGACGGCGACGCCUGCGACGCCCGCGACACCGGAGAUGCCGCGGCUGCCGCGGGCUCCGCCGCCUUCUCCGUCGUCAACGCGCGAUUAAACGUGUCCCCGCCGCCCGCCGCCAUUCCUCGCUCGUCUCAACUUUUCUAUUCUCCCCUCGCUGAAAGAACUGUGCGGACGAGCGUUCCCCAGGGUUUGGAAUCGGGUGCUGUGGUUUCGGUGCCAAGGAAUCUAAUCAGUUGA